GUGCAAAGCUUUGCGCAUCUACGUGGCGCAUGUGCGAUGACAGGCCCAGCAGAGCAGGACUUCCAAGAGCUGCUGCAGCUGCCGGAUGAAAGGCGCCGCCAGAUCGGCUGCGUACAGCGCGUGCGCUCCACCGAUCAAUGGGCGGAGCUGGCGCGCUCAAAGGCGGAUGCCACGUGGCACGGCAUCAGCAACCAGCGGCUGAUGCAAGACAUCAGUGGAAACUUUGUGUGGUACGCUAGAACCGGAUCCCUCCUGGAUGGCUGGGCAGAGUAUUUCAAGUUCACAGCCUUCCAGGACCCGCAGCCAAAGGUUGAGGAUAUCCUCUUUGUGCGCAGGGCCCACUAG